AUGUCUUCCAACAACAAACUUGCCUUGUUUGUCUGUGCGUUGGCCAGCACCUUGUACUCUGGGUACACCCAAGAGGUUAGACCGGGAAAAUGCAAGUUCAUAACUACGCAAGAGAACUUCGACAUUGCAAAGUACAUGGGUACCUGGAACGACAUUGAGAAGACGUACUUUGCGGGUCAGAUGGACAAGACAUGUGACCAGGCCGUGUAUACCCUCCGGUCAGACGGCAAGGCGGACGUCCUGAAUCAAGAUGUUAAACCGAAUGGCAAUGAAGAAAAUACGACGGGAACAGCAUACUACAAAGAUGAAAACGAUAAAUCAAAACUCACUGUCCAGUUGGGAACUUCCCCGGAGGCUAACUACUGGGUAGUUGAAACUGACUACGAUACAUAUUCCCUCGUUUACUCGUGCACAGACCUAGAGGGAUUUGCACGUGCCGAGAUCUACUGGAUUCUGGCCCGGGAGACGUCGUUACCCGAGGCAACCGUUAACAAAUUGAAGCAAGUGUUAACAGCGAAGGAACUAGAGUACGGGAAAUUUACCCCUAACACACAUAAAGACUGUCCCUGGUGAAAUACCAUUUGCAUGUAAUGGUAUUCAUUCUACAUUAAUUUAGUCUGAUACACUUUAUUAUUAUUCUUAUAUUUGCAAAAAAAAGCGUUGUUCGUCUUCAGAGUCAUUGACAACCUUCAUGUGCAUGCCUGUAUAACUGUUAUAUAAAAU